AUGCAAGUCGCCACGCAUUGCGGUGCAGUGCGGUUCACAUGCCACCGGCUCACAUGCCGUCACGCGGAGCCGACGCUAGCGUCGCUUCCCUGGAGCCAGAAUAGAAGCCGAAACCCUAGAAUUAGUCGCUUCCGGAUCACUCGCGCUCGAAGCUAUCAAUCGCCUACACGUGUCCCUUCGCGACUCUUCAGCGACGGGCGACUUCCCUUUCGUCUCGAAGUCGUCAAUGUCGUCCCCAUCGCCGCCGUCGUUGAGCGUCGCAUAAGCGAUGUCGCAAGGCGACGAGCGAUUCACAGAACCGCCGUGCACGCCGCAACUGAUGCGCGUGUCGCCGCUACUACCCGUGUCACCCCCCAUGCCGCCUUUACGGGUGCCACCGCCACGCGUGGCGCCGCUUUAGCGCGCAUCGACUCUUUCUGCUUCCCCCUCCCACUCUCGCCGUCACUUUUCGUCCGUCGUCAUGCCGCGCCUCCUCUCCGUGCCACUGAAUCCGCCGCUAUUUCCGCCGUUGAAGGCUCCAGCAACGCAGACGGAACAGCUGCUUCCUCCCCGCCUUCCCCCUCACCCUCCCCCGCAUCCUCCCCCUCAUCCUCCGCCGACGCUUCCGACUCUUCCGCGUCUUCCGCCGCCCCGGCUUCCGCGCCUCCCCAGAGCAAGCGACAGUUCGCCAUCGGCGCGCUACAGCAGCUGCCUGCCGUGUCGCCCGCUGCGGAGAUUAUCGGCACGGCGCUUCGACGCGCCAAGCACGAGAUCAGCGGUCCUCUGGGGCGCUACGUGCGCCUCUUCCCCCGGCGCUCCCACCUGCACCCCUUUGAGCGCUGCCUGGUGGAGCUCACCCUUGGAGAAGGGGUGUACGAGGAGGUGCUCUCUCGAGUGGACGCCCUGCGCAAGAGGGUGCUGGACGUGGGCAAGAAUGCUGCCAGCCUUGUCAACAAGACGAGCACCGUGAAGGAGGCGGAGCAGGCCACUGCACAGGGCAUGGCACAGGUGGAGGAGCUGUACACGCGCAACAGCCAUGUGGUGGAGCGACUCAAAGAGAUCACCAAGAGGCUCCGAGCCAUACCGGUGGUUCGGCCGGACCUGCCAACGCUGUGCCUGGUGGGGGCGCCCAACGUGGGCAAGUCAUCCCUCGUGCGCGCCAUCUCCACUGGGAAGCCCGAGGUGUGCAACUACCCAUUCACCACGCGCGGCAUCAGCAUGGGGCACUUCUAUGUGGAUGGCCAGAAGCACCAGGUCACAGACACACCAGGCUUGCUCUCCCGCCCUGAUGAGCAGCGCAACAGCAUAGAGCUUCUCACCAUAGCAGCUAUCACCCAUCUGCCCACUGCUGUGCUUUUCGUUCAUGACCCCUCGGAGGAGUGCGGUGUCAACCGGUUGAAGCAGUAUCAAUUGUACAGCGAGAUAAAGACAAGAUUUGCCGACCGCGUGUGGAUCGACGUGAUAUCCAAGUGCGACCUGCCUGCUGCUGCUCCCACGGAGGAGCCUCCAGGCGGCCAAUCAGAGGAAGCGGAUGGGGAUAGGAGAAGUGGUUCGGACAGGAGGGAUACCGCUGCGGUGCUGCUGGGUGAAGCCGAGGCAGUGCGGGAAGCACAUGGGGAGGAGAUCGCAGAAGUGGCAGUGAGAGCAGCAAGCGUGGCGGUGGCGUGGGAGGCGUACAAGGCUCACGGUGGACCGGCUGCGGCCCUGCGAGUGUCAACCGUGGCGGGUGUUGGUGUGGAGGAG